GGAGACAGUUGCGCUUGGGCUUUCGCUCGUACAAUAUCGUACACACAUACACAAAGUGUUUCCGAACGCGCAGUUUUAAUCGUGGUUUAACAGUUCGACGGAAAGAUAUUCGUUCCCUCCUCAGUGCUCGUGCGUUUUGAAUUUAAAUAUUCCUCGGCGUGCAUUUAAUAACAAAAUAAAAAAGUAAUUCGUGAGGUGAGUGUUGUUUUUUUUUGUCAACUACGAUUCUACGAGAGGACCAGCAAGGAUGAGUCAGACGACGGAUCCUCAGCCGGCUGAGCAGCAGCCAGCCCAGCAGCAGCAAGAGCCACAGCAGCAAGAGGCCAACAAGAACGAGGACAAGAAGGAGAUCGCCGACGAGGAGCGCGAGAAGAUGCUCAACGCCGAGAACUCGAAGCACAUGGACGGCGGCGCGGCACCUGCCGAGCUCUCCACCGAGGCCGCCGAGCCCAAGCCCAAGAGGAAAAUCCCCAUUGGCGCCAUCAAGAUGCCCGGCCUGUUCCGCUCCAAGAGCAAGGAGCCUUGCAAGGACGAUGAGACGAAGCCAGCGGUCGACGCCGACGGAGAAACCAAAGACGUCGAGGCAAACAACACCCCGGCCAAAGAAGCCACAAGCUUCGCCGAUCGCGGAAGAAAUCUUCUCCAAUCGAUCAAGGUUCCCACUGCCCUCACCAACGUUCUCUCCAAGAGAAAGAAGGAGGCAGACACCGAGUUGGCCACCGCGGGUCUGGCGAGCUCCGAGACGCUGGACGACGCGGACGCAGCCGCCAACAAGGAGAAGAACAACGUCGCCGAGGACGGCAUGGAGAACGUGCGCCUGGACGCCGAGGCUGCGGACGGCUCGCCGCCGACCAAGCCCCAUCCCUUCUGGGUCUUCGUCACCAUUGCCAGACGUCACCUGCUCUACAGCGGCGCGACACUGCUCAUCCUGAUGCUCAUGAUCAUCAUAAUCUGCGUCGCCUGCGUGGGACCGCGCCGCGUCGUCGUCCAGCCCACCAAGGACGGCAAGGUCUACUCCCAGACGUCGUGCGGCAAGAUCGAGGGCCUGAUCGAGGAGGACGCCUACGUGUUCCGCGGCAUACCCUACGCCGUGCCGCCCGUGGGCCAGCGACGCUGGACCAAGUCCGAGCCGCUGAACAAGAUCGAGGACUGCUGGAACGGCACCUAUCUCGCCCACAACAGCUCGCACGUCUGCUGGCAGCGCAACGCCCUGGGCAACAUCAACGGCGCCGAGGACUGCCUCUAUCUCGACGUGUUCACGCCCCAGGUGUCGUUCGAGAAGCCGCUGCCCGUCGUCGUGAUGAUCGGCGCCGACACGCUCAGCGGCCCGUCGCCCGGCAUCAUGGUGCCUUCUGGCAAGCUCGCUCACGUGCGCGACAUCGUCUACGUGCGGCCCAACUUCCGACUGGACGUGUUCGGCUUUCUCGCGGCCGAGCCGCUGUCGCGCGACUCCCGCCCCAAGAGCUCCGGCAACUACGGCCUGACCGACAUCAUCAACGUGCUCAACUGGGUGCAGCUCAACAUCCACUACUUCGGCGGCGACAAGAGCAAGGUGACUCUCUGGGGCCACCGCGCCGGCGGCAGCUUGGUCAGCGCCCUGGUCGGCUCGCGCAAAGCCAGCGGUACCUUCCAACAGGCCUGGAUCUCGAGCGGCAGCGCCGUCUCGCCUACCCGCGACUUGAUCGAAUCGGAGAAAGAGAACUCCAUGUUCCUGGACUCGAUUCAGUGCAAAGACGCCGACUGCUUGAGAAGCAAGAACGCCGAAGAUAUCAUGGAGGCGGUGCCGCCGUCCUGGUAUGCUUCCAACACCGGUCUGCCGGCGAGCAACCAAUCCGAGAUCUCGAAGCACGAGUGGCUCGUCAGAGACGGCAUCAUCGUUCAGAAACACAUUGGCGAGAUCUUCAGCAAGACCAACAACUUGCCCAAGGUCGUUAUCGGCGCUACCGCUCAAUCCGGUGAAUUGCCGCGAUCCCUUAGCUACAAUGAAACCGCCACGCCCGAGCAGAUCAAGAGAAUCGUCCAGGAAUCCUUGAUUGGACUGAGAGGAGAGGCUGAUAAGGCAUUUGCUCAAUACAAUGCCACUGUUAAGGAUUUGCACACGAUGAUUUCCGAUAUCCGCGUAGUGUGCCCGUUGAUGACAAUAGCUUUGAUGAAGGAAGAUAUUCCAUUUUACGUCGCGACUUUCCCGCGCAACGAAGUAGCGGACGCCGACGCUGACGCUGCUGCAAUUCUUGGAUUCUUCUCAUCCAAAACUCCCGAGCAAAAGAGACAUUUACAAGCGAUUCAGCAACUUUUCAAUCACUUCGUAUGGCAUGGCGAGGUCAAAGAUUUCACUCCAAGCAAAAAGGUCCUCAUCGUCGAUCAGGACGUUUUACCCCAGUCGACUUACGACAACUGCAAGCUCUGGAUUGAAAACACACUAGUACCUACUAAUGGAAAGAAAGAUUAAGUGUCAUUUAACUAUCUUUAAAGUGAUAAAUGGAACACGAUGCGCCGAUUUUUGUGCGUAGUUAGUUGAAAAAAAAUAUUGCUAAGAAUCGCAUAGAGUAAAUUGCAUUUAUUGUUUACUCCAAACAAUUUUUAAUGCAAACCCUAGAUUCUUCGCAUUAUUUUUUUUAUUUUAGGUUUUUUAUUUAUCUGACAAAAUGAAAGUUAGCAACACUGAACGAUCUUUGUGUCAAACGAUGAACUUAAGUCAUUCAUCGAUAAUUUAAUUUAGGGAUGACCUUUUUAAAAUUUAAAUAUUUUCUUUUUCAGUAAAACAAUCAAACAAUCAACUCAAAAUGCCAUAAACUUUAAAGUUUUUGAGAGAAACGAGAUCUUUCGUUACAAUUAAUUGUCACUUUUAUCUUUUUAGAAUAUCAUCUAAAAUUUCCAUUUUGCCAAUAUAUAUACCUUCGUUUUAAGCAGGUAAAAAUUUUAGGUAUUGAUCUACAAUUUUCAACGUGUGUUUAAACAUUUAAUGUGAGAUUAUAUUUCAGUCUUAAUAUAAUGCAAUUAUCACAAAUUAUACUAAAAAAUUGUUAAGAUCUUAUAAAAGAUUGUCUUACUUUAUAAAUUUGAAAUUUAUUCAUAAGUAAAUCUGUCUGUGAACAGAAUAUUCUUGUACGCAAUUUAGCAAAGUAUGCGGACCUGAAAGGAUAAUAAUUAAGUAUGUGUAUAAAUGUGAAUCAAAUGUAAUAUAUUGCAAGGAAAGUAACUUGUCAUGAUCGGGAAACAUAUGUGUAUGUGUGUACAUUUAUUCGUAUAGUUUUGCAUAUAGUACAUGUGCUCAUAAGAACAAUUUUAAGAAAUAAAAGUAAGAAACUAUGAUUUAAGAUAUUAAUAGCGCGUGAAGCUUAGUUGUCAAGGAUAGUAAACGAUCUACACUAAUGCAUUGAAUGUAUUACUAACAACUCGGAAAUUACCGUGAAUUGCGAUUUUGUUGCUUUUAGUGAGUCAUACUCUUUAAUUUAGCCUCAUAGGUUUUUCAAAUUUAAAGGUGUGAUUCGUUUGUAUUAGUGUAUAAAGUUAUUUCAUUCAUCAUACCUUCGAUGAAUAACGAGAGUGUGUUAAAGUAUCAUCAAUGCAUGUUAUUUAUAAAUUUUGCGUUAAUGCAAUUGCAAUGUUUCAUUCAUUGGAUGGCCUCUUUGCAGAAGUGUAUUUGUGGAAGAAGUAUAUUUUUUAUGCAAAAUGGUUUAAGACUGUUUUCACAAAGCAUAGACCAAUUGACUUUAUCCAUCUAGUUAACUUGUGCAUGAAGUUAAAAAGCAAGAAUGUACUUUUAUAAAAUAUACUACAAUAUGACUGCCUUAUAUCGAAAAUAACUGCCAAAUUAAAAACACCACGGUUGAUCGAGUAUUUUUGACAGGAAAUUCAAGCUAGCAAAUUCUGUAUUUGUAGGCUGCAUAAUACAUAAGGAAUAUAUUUCUUCGAAUAAUAAACAUCCAUAUAUUUUAGAAAUAAACACGUAAAUUUUAUGAAAGAGCAUUUUCAUACCUCACAUAAAACGAUUAACUGUUAACCCCAGUCGCGACGCGACGAGUAGAUACUCAAAGAUUCAAUUAUUAUUGUCGAGAAGUUCGUGCACGGCUUCCCGGAGAAAUAAUUAAACUACGAUUUCAUGACGGACACCAUUAAAGUUAUUGUAAAAAAUAUUCUCCAUUUACUUUUCACAAAUUAACUUUUACAUAAAUCAUUAAAUUAAUUAAAUUAUAAUUGUUCACGCAAAUGUGAUAAAUUAGUAUAUAAUAGGCAGAUUUAAGUCUUUUAUAGGUCCUACGUUCUACUGAUUAAUGUAAGAGUAAAUGAGUAUUCUUUUUAUUUUUUUAAUAAUGGUUUUCUUCGUCCAAUUCACGGUCGUCUAUUUUAAAAGCAUCGUGAAUGUUUUUUAACGAUUUCAAGUUUAAAAAUUGAUGAUAUAAUGGUUUUUUGCCUAUUUAUUAAUUUGCUGAUGUGCAUGAAAAGCAAGAAAAUAAAAAAAAUAUGUACAGAAACGAAUUCAAUAUCAGGAUCAAUCAUAAGUAACGAAAUGUAUUAUAUUAUCUAGUACUAAAGUACUAGAUAGAAAUAAAUUAAAUCGAUAUUUAUUAUAUACUUACUGCACACUAAUAAGUGAUUUAUUGUAAUGAAAUAAUAUCAAUAAAGUUAUUCAGCUUGAAAACUA